AUGAGUGACACUGGAGAAGAAAUCAGCUUCAACCAGUUGGUGCAGGAACUACGUGAGAUCCUGGAAACGACGCGCCAGGAACGCAGCGAGUCCAUGGAGAGUGUCUCCAUCUCUUUGCAGGAAAGCAGCAUGAACAUGAAGCGAUGCAGGAACAGCUACGCCGUCUUCCAGUACCAGGAAAAGUUCUACCAGUGUAAGUGGAACAACGACAGCCAGUACUGGUACUUCUUCGAUUCAGAAGGAAAAAGUCCCGGUGAAGGAAAAUGGGUGAAGCAGCACAAGGACAAGAACGGCAGGAAAGCUUGCGACGAGCAGCUCAAGAAGUUCGAGAAGUUCAUGGAGGAAAGUGAGCUUGGCAGUGAGAGCAGAAAGGAUGGUGUAUCCGUCCUAGCUCUAGGAAAGUUUUCUUUUGCAGUUUGUUUCAGGAAAUGUGAGCGAACUUGGAGAGAUUCGCCAGUGGACUUGAAAGAGUCUGCGUUAAGGCUCAAAGGAGUGACAGGCCAGAAACCACAGCAGAGCGGUGAAGCGAAAAGUGGGGCGUUCGACAAUGUCCCUCGCACUGCUCUUGCCACUAGCCUGCGACGCCUCGGGGUCUCCGAAACGCUGGUGCAACUCCUUAUGCAGUUCCAUUUUGAGGCCAGGUAUCACUGCUCAGUGGGCGCUCAUGAGGACUAUGUCACGACCACACGAGGCAUCAAACAAGGCUGUACCGUCGUGCCGUAUUUGUUUGUAGCACACACAAUUGCUAUCAUUGAUACACUGGCGGAGCGCCUUGGCUGGGACUGGAUCACGCAGCUGUUUACUUUUUACGCCGACGACGCCUUAGCAGCAUGGACGUUAAAAAGCGCCGAGGACCUUCAGGGUGCCAUAGGUGGCAUCCAAAAAGCCGUGCAAACUUUUAACGACCAUGGUAUGACUCUCAGCGCAACCAAAUCAGUCGUGCUGUGUCACGCCAAGGGGGCAGAUGCGAUUAGAAUUUUGCAGAAACUUAAGGUACCGUCAUUUCCUACAGAGAUGCCCAAGAGAAAACUGUUCAGCUACGCAUGCGUAAGGUACCAAAUCUGGAGAGCCGGGGCUGGAGCUCAGCUGCACACGGGCUACUGGCGGUGGGCGUUAGAUCCACGGGUCCGGGCGCAGCUCGCGCUGGCUAUCAACUCACUCCAAUCAGUGAGUGCAGGUGAGCAGCUUCCUGAGGAUAAGGCGAUCACUGCAAAUGAGCCGCCUCCCAUAGCCCAAAAGCUGGUUCUUGAUGCUGCUCAGCAACUAGGACAAAGGGGAGGCCGACGGCUAGUUGCGGACGAGAACCUGAACUCGGUGGUGACGCUCCUGGCAAAUCUGUCGCUGCAGCAGGAGGACGCCCUGAACCGUCUGCGCCUGGACACAUCCUUCACCUUUCACCUCCAGAUCGUCGCGCUGGGCCUCCUGCUGAAGGAGGUCAUGGCCUUGACCCCAGAAGAUGUUGCUCAUCUUGUGAGAGCAGCAACAGCUGCAGCCGAGAGUGCCUCGAAAGCGGCUCUGGCAGCCGAGAGAGCUUCGCAGAGCAGCAAGGGCACAGGAAGAGCUGGAUUCUCGGAAGCCUCCAAAGUCUGUAAGUGUCCAGACAGCUUUGGUGGUGGCACAGUCGAAGAUGACCAGACAAAGUGGGCUGAUUUUUCUAUGGCGUUCAAGGCAUGGCUGUAUUAUGGCGAUGAGAUGUUUCGUACAGACCUAGAGGACCUCGAGGCCACUAAGCUUGGGAAGGCCACUGUGUUGAGUGCAUGGACUGAUGAAGCUGAGGUCCGAAGCAAGCAGUUGUACUCGAUUUUAUGUGGCAUCUUGAAAGGCAGAGCUCUUCAAGUUCUGCGGGCGACUAGUGAGCAGCAUGGCUACGAGGCGGUGCAGGACGAAAUGAUGCUGGGGAUCCUCACUAAAGCUUUGCCAGCACAUGUGCGACAACAAGUUCAGCUUUCCAUGUCUGAGUCUUCAACCUAUGCAGAAGUGCGAGAACGCGUGCUGUCUUUUGAGACUGUGUCGCAUGUGUACAAUGCUUCGAAGAUCCAGCAAGAGUUUGGCGUCGGUGCUGUCUACAAUGGUCCUCAACCUAUGGAAAUAGAUUUGGUUUCCAAGGGCAAAGGUAAGUGGUGGACAAAAAACAACCAAAAGGGUGACUACAAAGGAAAGAAGGGCGAUGGAACAAAAGGAGGCCACAAAGAUGAUAGGACAAACAAAGGCAAGGGCAAGGGUGACAAAUCAGGUUCUGGAAAAGCUUCAGCUGACAAGGGCAAAGCUAAAGGGCAGGGCCAGGACAAAGUGCCGAAAGGGAACUGUCUGUACUGCGGGAAGCCGGGACAUUGGAAAAAGGAUUGUUGGCAAGCCAAGCGAGAUGGUGCUGUUCGUGCUGUUACAGAGUCAGAUGAGCCCAAUACGCAACAACAGACAAGCGCAGCAGCAAGCAGCUCGGUUUCGCAGUCCUCGGCGUCCCAGGCAGGAGCAAUCAGAAGGGUUUUGCAGUCCUCUAGUGCACCCAGAGCCUUUGCGUUCUUUGAUUUGACGAGUCAAGAUGAGUGUUACAAAGGGAGUGUUCGCAUGGUAGAGCAGUACGACAUGUCUUACAGCGACAACGAUGAACAGUGGACAGAAUGUGGAGAUAUAGAGUUGAUUUUGGACUCGGGAGCCGACCAUAGCGCAUUGCCUCUUCGUUUUGCCUCGAUUGGCAAACCAGCAGGCGACUCAGGACAUACCUUCGUGGAUGCACAAGGGAAUGAUCUUCCUGUUGCACAGGUCCGAGUAGCAGAGGUUACCUUGGGUGACAUGUGCUUCAAAGAAAAUUUCAUCAUUGCUCCUGUCAACAAUCCACUUCUUUGUCUGGGGCGACGGGAACUGAUGAGCGACUCCAUGUGCGAGCCGUCGCUUUGCGAUCAGUGCUUGCAAAUCUGCCGACUGAUGGGUUGGGACUUGAUAGAGUUCUGUGAGGACAUCAGCAAGUUGGACGAUUACGAAGCGGGCUUGCCUAAUCCUCAGAACAUCGAGCUGGUGAUGACCAUUGCGCACGAUCACGAAGUAAGCCCCGAAGAGCUUGGUUUCGAGUUUGACGCUGAGCCCGGUGAAGCAAUGCCAAGGCAUGGUGUUAGUCUUCAUGCAGGUGUUGGUGUGGUUGAUGAAAGUCAGGUUGAGAUUGAUGGGGUCCGUUUGGACCUGAACUCGACACUGCAGGCCUUGAGAGCAGGUUGCGUUGCUCUUGGAUUGACAAAGCGAGGGAGCAAGAAGCAAUGUCUAGAGCGACUGCGACGCCACAUCCAGGAACAUGCUUUGUUGGCAGAGCACCAGGCGGUGGCUGCAGCAGUUGGUGACUCAGAAAGAAAGCCUCGUGGUGUGACUGAGCCGGGAAAUCCGACCCCCGAGCAGGAGACAGAGGAGCAUCUUCUGACAGUCCUGGUGGUUCACGAUCGGCAGUGGUUCGAAGUGCAGAGCGAGCAUGCAGACAACUUGGUAUUAAGGACCGUUGGAGUCUUGAGCGCUGUGGAGAGGACCAGCGAUGUUGAGGAGCCUGAGAUGCCGGCCGAGGCGGGGACCACAGAGAUGCCUAUGAUUCACAGCAGGAGUGAAACCAGCAAUUCGUCGAUGUCACUGCCGAGUACUGGGUCGUCCAGUGAGCUUGUGCCAGAUGAGGCCAUGGCUUCAAGGACGAGAACAGCAGAACAGGCAGCUUGUGAUGUGGCUGCUGGGUUGAGUGAAAAUCCUAGAAGCCCCAAAACACUGAAGAUGAGACAUGAAGUCAAUCGACUGGAGUUUGCUUGUGUGUGCCAGAUCAACGACAACAAGUAUGAACAUGAAGAUGAGGCCAUAGAGUGGACCUUGUCUCCCGAAGAGCUCGAUGACCUGGAAGAGUAUGAUCAUUUAAUCGAGGCAGAACGACGUGAAGAAAUCGACUGGGAGAACGUCGAGGCGCAGCUGGUGUUUCCGCGAGACACUGAACAUGCACCGUGCUUGGAUGAAUCUGCGCUAGCUGCGUUGGACAGAUUGGCUGAUGAGUACGAACUCAAGCGGUUGACAGAUAUGAAGGUGCUACUUCCGCCAGAUUCGAAAGAGGGACCACUGGUUGGUCGUGAAAACCCCAAGCAGCUCAGCACCAAGAUGGUGCGAACGUGGCGGGAGAAAACAAUGCCUGAUCCUGUGACCAAGGUCAUGCGCCCAGUGUGGCUUCGGCGCAGUAGGUACGUAGCUCGAGAAUACAAUUGGUUGAAUGCGCCGGCUAGCAGCGCAUUGAUGACCAAGGUUUUACCUUCGCUUUACACGUACUUGCAGGCCCGGGAUGGAGUCUGGGUGCUGGGAUCGAUGGAUGUGUCAGACGCAUUCCUCAUGGUAGAGCAGGAGGUGGCAACUGAAGUGAGCUAUCAGGACCGUGAUGGGAGAGCAAGGAAAUUUCUUCUGGGCCAGGACAGCGUGAUGGGACAGCGAAGUGGCAUCGGAAGCUUUUUCUUGCAAACACAUGUGGAUGACAUUGAGUUCUUGGGGAAGCGAGCAGCUGUGAAGCAAGAUUUUAAGCCCGCCAUGGAGAAGCACUUCAAGGUUUCAUGUCAGCUUUUGGAGAAGCCCGGAGACGCUAUGACAUUUUUGAAGAGGUUGCAUGUGUUGGGUGAGGGAAACACCUUGACCAUUACCCCACAUCCUAAACAUGUUGAAAGGCUUAUGGAGCUUAUGGAUCUGGAACCUCACAUGUGCAACAAGAAGUGCCCUCUGAUGCCAGGAUAUACCGAAAUCGAUGUGAGUUCAGCUUUGGACGUGCAGAAAGCUUCAGUAUUUCGUACAUGCAUAGGCAUUUUGCUUUACAUGUCAGCUGACUUAAUCGAAGCCCAGAACAGUGUCCGUUUCCUUUCGCAAAGAAUGAGCAGUCCGAGCAUGCGAGAUUUUCGAAUGUUGCGACAUUUGGUGCAGUAUCUUGGAGCGACUACAAACCAGGGAUUGCUCAUGACGCCUGAGAAAGGUGGUCUGUUAGGCCACGAGUAUGAUCGCGAGUGGGUUCUGGAAGCCUUCUCUGACAGUGAUUGGGCCUCCCAGAAGGGAGAUCGGAAAAGUGUGAGCUCUGGGGUUGUGGCUUUGCAAGGCGUUUUAGCAGACUGCAUGUUGCUGCAAGUUGUCCUGUGCACCAUGUUGGAGAUUGAGGUUGAAGCGUUGCCGAUUGAGUUGCAUAUGGAUAGCUCUGCAGGUGAGCUCAAUCCUGCUGAUGUGUCCACAAAGCUGUUAACAAGAAGUCGUAUGCGAUUCCUGAUGUACCUCAUGAAGGUCGUUGAUGCGUACACACAUGAGAGAAUUGGAGAGACAGAGUACAACCUGUAUCUAGAAAAGCGAACAAUGCAGAUUGCAAUUCAGCAAGUGAAGCGCCUUGAGCCUGGGAAGAUGAAUGGCAGAGCAAAGCAGGCCAUUCGUGGCUUGGUGAUUGCUUCGCUCACUUCGAGUGGGAUGGCAAGCGAGUUGAGCGAGGAAAUGGUGUGUAUCUCGAUGACUUCGACAACAGGUAUCGGGCGACUUGUCAUGACAGUUUUGGUGGUGAUGGUUUGCGUGGGCUUAGGUGCGUUGUGGCUGAGAUGCGUAAGGGUGAGCGAGCCUGAGCAGACAGAUGAGCGACCAGCAGCAAACAUGGGAGAUGAUGCUGAAACCCAGACAGACGAGCGACAUUUUCUCUACAACCGAGAACAUCAUGAGAGAGAGAGCAAGCGAGAUUGA